UCUUGUCUCCUCUUGUCUCCUCUUGUCUCCUCGGGUCUCCUCGGGUCUCCACGUGUCUCCACGUGUCUCCUCGCUGGCGGCGGACGGAUUAAAGGACCGCAGAAGACAAAACGGCUCGUUUGUGUCCUGGAGCUUCGCGCGCCGCAACGAGCUGCCCGGCGGCGACGCGACGCGACGCUGCGCGGCGCUGCGGUUCGACGUCAUCAAACGGCGACUCACGUCGCGCCUGCUGCUCACGUUCUGACGUCACUCGGAUAAACAAGCGCCAAAGACGGAGCGUGUCUCAUAUGCGGGAGUGAACAGAUUUACAUGCUGAACCAAACGAGGAUUCACGUUGUAUGUUUACAGCAGAGGAAUCCCUUCCACCGCUGGAUGCUGAGGACUGAUGACCGUGACCUUCUGAGGAGCAGGCAUGGACUUCACUGAGCUCUACGCAGACAGCGUCUCCAGCGUCGCCGUGGCGGCUCGGUCCGGCUGCAGGAGGCGGCUGAGGAGGCUGAUGAAGAGGGGCUUCAGUGUGGACCGCCGGGACAACCGGGGGUGGAACGCCCUGCACCAGGCGGCGGCCGCCGGCAGCACGGAGUGCGUGCAAGAGAUCCUGUCUGCUGCUGCAGGCGGUAAGAAAGCCGGCUCGUCGCGUGGCCGCGCUGCCGACGUCAACUCUUUGACUCACGAGGGCGAGUCUGCUGCUCACCUGGCAGCUCAGCGGGGGCACCUGGCAGCGCUCCGACUCCUCCUGGAGGCCAACGCCAACGUCAACCAGCUGACGAAUGACCUGUCCUGCCCUUUGUACGCAGCUGUUGACGGUGGGCACAGAGAGGUGGUGGAGCUGCUGCUCAGCAAAGGUGCGGCGGCCAACCGAACACACACCGCGUCCUGCUGGACCUGCCUUCAUCAGGCUGUUUAUAAGGGUCACAGUGACAUCGUACGCGUUCUGGUCGACGUGUGCGACCUGGAGGCUCUAGACGACCAUAAGAUCUCCCCUCUCUUUGUGGCUGCGCAGUAUGGACAGCAGGAAUGCCUGGAAAUCCUUGUUGGUGCUGGCGCCAAUGUGAGCGCUCAGGCCGCUGAUCUAGCGUCGCCACUGCUGAUUGCCUCUCAGGAGGGACACGGGGCCUGUGUGGACUUCCUGUUGGACCACGAGGCCGAUCCUAAUCUAGAUUGCAGCCUUGAGUGGCCACAGCUUCCCAUCCACGCUGCCGCUGAGUUCGGCCACAUCGGGUACCGGCUCACAACUUGUCUUGCAGCGAUGAGAGAAUUUGUACCGGUGGUCCGGGGUCCCGGACGCUGCGUUUUUUUAAAUAGAAUGUGCUGCAUGCAGAUGACCAGCCUGUCGUUUUGUGGAUGCAGCGUGCUGAGGAGGCUGAUCGCGGUCACGGACCGGGCGUGUGACCGCGCGGAGGGCAUGGUCAGUCCUCUGUACCUGGCCGUCGUCAGCCGUCAGAGCAGGAGUGUGGAGAUGCUCCUGAGGGAAGGUUACAGCCCAGACGCCCAGGUGUGCUCUCACCUCCAGGGCGUAAAGUCACCGCUCUCCUUGGCGCUGUCGCUCACAUCCAACGAGCCGUGCAGUGAAUCCGUGGGGUUGCUGGUAACUGCAGGAGCCCGAUUGGGCGAGGAGGACUGGAUUCACGCCAUAGCCACUGAUAAGACAGACCUGCUGACCCUGAUACUGGAGCACAGAUGGAUCCCUCGACAGGAGACUUUGACCAGGGGCGGUUUCGUCCAAAAUCGUUACGGGAAAACAUUUUUAACGCAGCAGGAACUGAGGGAGCUGCUCUGUGUGGCACUAAACCAAGUACGCUUUGCUGCCUGCUGGCUGCCUCUGCUCCUCAAUGCAGGACUGGAGCCGUCUUUGCUCCUUCAGCCCCAGAUGCUGCAGCGGGCAGACAGCGAGGUGUUGAAUUACCUGCUGGAGUUUGUAAAUUGGUCGAUUCUGUCCCCGCCUUUGAAACAUAUUCUGGAUCAAAGACGGGCAGCGAAGACCUGGGAACCACGGCCACAUCUUGACUCCAUUCCACUUCUUUCCCACCUCUGUCGGAUGCAGGUGAGGUCCGUGCUGGGACCAGAUCAACUGAUGAGGACCGACGUCGUGCAGCAGCUCCCUGUUCCCUCCCCACUUCAUGUCUUCCUCCGGUUCAGAGACAUUCCACAAGCUAUCUACACACCGUCCCCGCCAUCACCACCACUCUGAAAUACUGGGAUACAGCAGCACACACCAACAUAGACACGUUAUAUAGCCCCAAUCACUUUUCCUCUCAAUGUCUAUUCAUUUUCUUGGGGGGGGUUAGGCAUCAUUUUACAUGCCAGAGAGGUUCAAGAAGAUACUUAAAUGAUUUCACAUAUGCACAUGCUGUUGGUGCUGUGGGCCAUUUAUGUUUCAAUGGGGUCCAAAUGAUUUCCUUUCCACCCCAAAUCACGUGGUCUGUUCACUUUACAUAUUUGGUGCUUUGUCGACAAUAAAGAUCAUUUGGUCCUCUG